AAAGAAGGGCAAUUAAUGAGGUGCUACAACGAAAAUCACUACAUUCUCUGCUCACAUUGUUAUCCAACUUGUCAGCUCAAUAUUUUACUUCAUUUCUCUCUCUCUCACGCCAAAAAAAUAUCGUCUGCGACAAACAUAGAGCAACUUACAAUGCAGCAGCAGCAACAACCGGAGACGAGAACUGUUCAAGUGAAGCAAUUAUCAGAUCUAGCUAGUGAGAGGGAGAUUCACGAGUUUUUCUCCUUUUCCGGCGAAAUCGAACGGAUUGAUAUCGUACGUGAAAAUGGAGAAUCACGCACUGCCUUUGUUACGUUCAAGAAUCCUAAAGCACUUGAAAUUGCUGUGUUAUUAUCGGGAGCAACUAUUGUGGACCAAAUCGUGACUAUAUUUCCCGUGGAGAAUUAUGUGCCAAAACAUGAGCUACAGGAAGUAAGAAAUGUGGACAAUGCUGUAUCUGCUGAAACCGAUCCAUCAAAUGUUGAGGCUACUAGUCCAUCUAACAAUGGAAGAAUGUACGUCAAUAGAGCACAAGAAGUGGUUUCUAGUAUGCUGGCAAAAAGUUCAGCGCUUGGCCAAGAUGCAGUGAAUAAAGCCAAGGCAUUUGAUGAAAAGCACCGCUUGACUGCUAAUGCUUCUGCCAAGGUGAUUUCCUUUGAUCGAAGAGUUGGGCUUACAGAGAAAUUAACAGUUGGGAUUUCGGCAGUCAAUGAGAAAGUGAAAUCAGUGGAUCAAAGGCUGCAGGUUUCUGAUAAAACAAUGGCAGCAAUAUUUGCAGCAGAGAGAAAGUUAAAUGACACAGGAUCAGCUGUCAAAUCAAGCAGAUAUGUCACGGCUGGAGCAGCUUGGUUUAAUGGGGCCUUCGGUAAGGUGGCAAGGGCUAGCCAGGUUGCUGGUACUAAAACCAGGGAAAAGUUCAAUUCAGCUGUAUCCAACUUGACUGCCAAGGAAUCUCCAAUUGCUGUGUAAGCUAGAAUUUGGGUCUGGCCGUAACUGCUUCAUCAAAUUUCUCUACAUUGGAUCCUUCUUGUGUUCUAAUCAUUGAGUUCUGAAAAUGGUCAUUUAGACAUUGGAGUAUCAUGCUUGUCGGGGGUUGAGGAAAGUUUGUGCAGUAAUCCGUUAUACGCAUAUCCAUUUUGGUUUGGCUUGUAAGACUAGUGAAACCAAGAUUUCUGUAUUUUUUUUUCAAUAUUCUUUGAUUCCUAGGGUAAUAUGCCUAUAGCGUGCUUCCUUGUAAUUCUGCUGUUUGCCACAUUGUUUUUAAGUUGAAAAAAGAGAAGUAAAUUCAUGUUA